AUGGCAACAGCGACAAAUCAAGAACUCCAAGCAGCAAUCUUGCAGAUGACUCAGCUUCUACAGCGAUUGGCCAUUCCGCAGACAAUCAACCCAGAGCAAGUGUUGGAGUCAUUGUCGACCAACAUCAGCGAGUUCUGCUUUGAUCCGGAGAACGGCACCACAUUUGAAAAGUGGUUCGCUCGGUAUACGGAUCUUUUUGAAAGCAACGCACAUAGUCUGGAUGAUGCAGCCAAGGUUCGACUCCUGCUCCGGAAGUUGGACACGUCUUCUCACAGUCGGUACGUAAAUUACAUUCUUCCGAAGCUGCCAAAGGAAGUCACGUUCGCCGAAACCGUUAAGACGUUGGUCAAAAUUUUCGGCAGGCAAACCUCCGUUUUCCACAAGCGCCAUCAAUGCCUACAACUCGUGAAAUCGGAGGCGGAUGACAUCAUCACCUACGGUGGCAAGGUCAACAGGGCGUGUGAAGAAUUCGAAUUCAAAGAUUUGAAAAUCGAGCAAUUCAAGUGCUUGCUGUUUGUUUGCGGUCUUAAGGCAACACGCUACGCGGACAUCAGAGCGAGACUUCUUUCCCGCAUCGAAGGUGAGACAGCAGAAGCACCAGUGACCAUUCAAACUCUGAUCGACGAGUUUCAGCGGCUCGUCAAUCUCAAGUCGGACACCACAAUGAUCGAGCAACCCUCUAGCUCGAAGCAUCUCAGAGAAAAAACCCAGUAA